GCUGGGCUCGCGUUUGAUUGAUGCGAUGGGGGUCACGCUUUCGUUCCCGCGGGCAGCAGCUCGUCGCUGGCGAGGCCAAGCCUUUGUGCAGAAGUGCGUGGCGGCCCGGCGGCCGCGGCUGGGCGGGAGGCAUUUAAACGCCGCGAUUUUGGGGCGGUAACAAAGGCGGCAGCGGGAGAGCGAGAGAGGCGCGCGUACGGCUGCUUUGGGCCGCGGCCAGCAGUACCGGCGGUGGCGUCGGACGUGGUGCCAGGAGCGCUCUCAAGUGGCCUUCAGCCUUUGUUAGAGAUCUCACUGCUUUGAGUGGCUGGGUUUCUGGGACAGCAAGAGCACUCUGAGCAGCCCUGCAAUCUUCUUAACACCCUGCUGUGUCUAUUGCAUGCAACUUCAGUUUUCAUCGACAUCAGGUACAACUUCCAACCAGAAGUUGAUCUUCCUAACCUGAUGCAUCAUACAUUAUGGUUCAUGUCAACUUUGUUAGAAAAUGGAUAUACGUCCUCCUGGCAUUUAUUUUGGUUCUGACCAUUUGUUUGUGGAAGGAACCACGGAGAGGAUUUUAUGUUUCGUUUAUAACAGACGACCAAGCCAAUCUUGGACAUUUGAGGCUGUGGAGGUGGAACAGCCUAAGACAAGAAACUGUCCAGGAUGAAACCAUCAAUGGCACAGGCAAGCUCCAUUCACCCACCAACACAUCUCACGUUGCCAUCAUAAAACCUCCCAUCAAAGUGUGGAACAAGGACAGUUUGUCCAGAAACCUCAGUGCUAGACUGCAAAAGGCGAGGAAGAAUUAUUUGCAUAUGAACAAAUACCGUGUGAAGUACAAUGGACCAAAGUAUGCUGCUAAAUCCAGCCCCCAAAAAGUGUUGUGCCAGCUCCAGAAGCGAUUGAACUUUGGGAUGAUCACCACAUCAGAUGGGCCCUUCAAUACAUCAGAAUGGGAGACCUACCUGCCAAGGAAGAACAUCAGCAUGGAAGUGGGCCAGAUAGGCCGGUGUGCAGUUGUGUCCUCUGCAGGAUCCAUGAAGUCAUCCCAUUUGGGGGAAGAAAUAGAUCGCCAUGAUGCAGUGCUGCGGUUUAAUGGAGCCCCUACCAGUGGGUAUCAGGCUGAUGUAGGGCAGAAAACCACAAUACGCCUUGUUAAUUCCCAGCUUAUUACUGUAGAAGAAAAGAAGUUUGUUACAGAUCCGCAGUAUAAUUCCGGAACCUUAAUUGUGUGGGAUCCAGCACCAUAUCACUCAGGUAUCCACGAGUGGUACAAAAAACCAGACUACAAUUUCUUUAAAAGCUACAAGAACUAUCGGAAAAGGCACCCGGAACAACCUUUUUAUAUCCUGAAUCCCCACAUGCAGUGGCAGCUCUGGGAUAUUCUUCAAGAAAACUCACCAGAGGAUAUUCAGCCAAAUCCUCCAUCUUCAGGGAUGCUUGGCAUUGCUCUCAUGAUGAACUUCUGCGACGAAGUGGAUGUUUACGAGUUUCUCCCUUCCAAAAGGCAGACAGACGUUUGCCAUUAUUACCAGAGGUUCUAUGACCAAGCCUGCACUAUGGGCGCCUACCAUCCGCUGCUCUUUGAGAAAAAUAUGGUGAAGCACCUUAACCGAGGCACAGAUGAAGAUAUUUACAUUCACGGGAAAGUUACUCUAACUGGCUUGAGGAAUGUGCAGUGUUAGACCUGUGAAUCCCCUCUUCUGGGCUUGGAAAAAACCCUUCUUGAAUCACAAGGCACUUUUUAAUUUGUAACUUUUUUAAAAAAAAAAUUCUAAAGGUGGGCAACCUGUCGACAAUUAACAAUUCUUCCGUGCAGUACGCCUUAAUUUGUAACUGCAGGGUGGGUUGUUUCUACUAAAAAGCAGGCACAAGAAAGCUCUAGCUGAGGCCUCCAUUGUUUAGGAACAUCUUCAUGUUUCAUUGCUCUCUGUCUCAGAACACUCCAGUCCUUAACUCAGGAACACACAAAAUCAGGGCUGUGAAUUAAAGUUCAUUUUGGACCGAGAAUUCUGCAUCUCUGAGAAUCUGUUUCUCUCGCCACUUCUGCUCCCCCCCCCGCCCCCCAUUUGACGGGUUUCUAUCUCUCAAGGUGGGAGGCUAGAUUGUGGGCACGCAAUCGAUGCAAAAUGAAUUUAGAAAGUAGGGAUGCGGAAGAUGUCCAGCGAUUAGGAGUCAGGGCGCCUGUGACUAUCAAGCUCUUAGCGGUGUCUGCUCUUGGUUGUUGGACGCCAAGGCAAAACCUCAAUGAAGCUUGCUCCCAGGUAAGUUGGCAUAAGAUUGCUGCCAUAGUUCUCCCCCUUCCCCCCCCAAAAAAUAUCUCUAAAUACAUUAUCUGAUGUAGCAUUUCAAAAUGUUCCAGAGAAGUCUGUGGGGAAGGGCAAGGCACCAGAAUUCAACUGCUGAACUGUCAUAGUGACAGAAGGUUCAAACUAAUGAGCGAGUUUUGAGGCCAAGAUUUUAUAGGCCUGGGUGAGAAGGGAUUGGCCUGUGAAGCAAGUACCGCAACCUAGGUGGCGACCUUGCAGUGUAGUGCUUAGUCAGCCAGGUGUUCGGAGGUGAUCUGAGCAGCACAGGGCACCAGGUCUUGACCCUUGGGUCCCUCUGACACCAUACCCCUGUCAUAGCUAAGAGUCCUUCGUAAGACACGCAGAAGUAGAGAAACUCUGAAAUGAGCAAAUGCACAAUUUGGUUUCAUUUUCUUCAUUUACGCUGGUGUGCAGAAUUCCACUUCUCUGGGCGUGGAAAUUUCAUGUUGUUUUUCUAGCGAAGAGUCUAUUCAGAGCCUGAAUGUAGCUAAGUAGACCUGAGGAUUCCUCUUUCUUACUACCCCAUGCCUGGACUAAAAACCACACAUUCAACAAAUCUGUGUCAAAACAUGUAAAAAGUGUGGUUAGGAAUACAUUUGAGCUGCUAUUAGUGGGUUGUGUAUUUUAUUCCCUCUGCAAAUUUUUGAGUGUUGUGGUUACAGAAGGGAUAUUCUGGGUAUCCGAGACAUCCUUGCCCAUGGAAAUCAAGAGAGUAUCUCUGUUGUACUGCGAACGGACACCUGCAAGACACUGAACAGUCAUGUCGGCUGGAUGCUGGAGAUGCUAUAAAGUGCCAAACUCUGUGGAGUGCUUAUGAUACGAUAUAUUAAUAGCACUUCAUAUGUUGGUCAGAUGAACUCAGUGUGGUACGCAGGGGAAAGAAUUGUGACCAGGGUUUAAACACACUGCUCCGAAGUGUAUCUAUCCACUCCUGAGGUCCCUGAAGACAGAGCCAAGAAAAAAAGUUACCAAGGGAAUUGUUUUCCUAUGUCUUUCCACAGCAAAGAUGCUUUUGAAACAAUCUACUAGUUUCAUUUUUAAAAUAAUAAUUUAAUAUAAUUUCUCCCCUGGUUUGUCUUUCCACAGUACCCAAAAUUUACAGCUACCUAUUUCAGAAAACCUGGCAAUUGCAAUGACAGAGGUAUAGCCAUGCUAGAGGACUAAGGGCUAGCUCAGUUGCUGUUUGGAAGUGUGCCAUUCCUGCUCUAGUUGCUUUGGGGUGGCAUGGCACCCCAUGCCUGUGACUGGAAAUUAACCCUUGACAGAUAUGCCGCCAUGUGCGCUGGGGAGGUAAAAUCUUAAAAGCCAUGGCAGCCUUGUUAUUUUAUGCAAAUAUGUGAAUCCACAUGAAGAUGCCAUUUAAUCUUGAGCCUGCAGUACAUUGCAAGUGUAACAGCUAGGGUGCUACUGGAUUCAAAUGUGAUUGAUAGAAGAUAAUACCUCCUGCCACCACCUCUAAUACGGCAAAAAGUCCUGCCAUUUAAAACCAACUGGGUAAAGUCCUGCCGUUGAUUAGAGCUGUUUCCAUUUUCUUUAAUCAGGUUAAAUUUUUAGAUUUGGCCAUUGCAUUAUUCAAGAUACAAUCAGUUUCAUCAUCAAGGGUCUGUUGCUUAGAUAACUUUACUUCAUUGCCUCUUUCUCCCAUCUUUUACGACGUUCCAUACUUUUCUUCCUCCUGUCUUCCUAUUUCUUUCAGUGCUCUUCAUCUCUUCCGGUCCCUGGAGAGUUCUCAGUAGGGUCAAACCUUUGUCUCUGACUUUUCUCAUUCCACCAUCACUUUCUGGCUAUUCUCAUUCAAUCAGAAGUCUUUUGGCUGCCUCCCUUGUGCUGAUAACUCCCCAGUCUGUUUUCUCUGAUUGAUCUCCCUCUCCCAACCUCAUCUAACCUGUAGAUGUCUCAGCACAAAGGUGACAAGCCUUGUUCCAGUUUCUCUGCUGGAAUUCUGCCUCACAUCUCCGAGACCAGUGAAUGGCGACCUCGGUGUUUACUUUUUCAAUACAAUCCUCUUUGCUCUAGGAUUUGACAUGAAUGGGAACUUGGUUCCUAAGCCAAAUUGCCACCUGAGGAGGGGGCAGUUUGUGGGGCCAGGUGAGAGGGUUUAGGAAAAAAUGGGUCCAAUUUGCACUUGAACUACAAUUCACAGGACUGGAGAAAGAGAAGGGGGGUGAUAACUUGAGAAGGUAAAAAACUGUGCAAGAGAGCAGGGAAGGUUUCAGAGGCUGUGUGAAUGGGAGGGCAGGGUGUGGAUGUGAGAGAACAGUGUGUGUAUAUUUGUGUGAGUGGGGUGUGUAUUUGGCAUUCCCCCCCCUCCACCUCUGGCACGUGCCCCACAAAAGUUUCUCUCUGAGGAAAUGUCACCCUCAGGCUGAAAAUAUUUCUCUACUACUUGUUCCUUCUCAGCAUCCACAUGCCCUUUCCCCCUUUUUUUGCACCCGCUACUAGACCUCUUUUCCAUAUCUAGUGGUAACCUUGUAAUUGCUGUGAAAAUGAGCCGUUUUUAAGGGGGGGUUAAAGUCCAUUUUCUGCCGUCCAGUCCAUUUUCAAUUCCUCUUUUAAAACUGCCAUUAUCCCUUAUAGCCAGUGCUAUUUUUCUAGAAAAAGAGGUGCUGGAACUCACGAUGAAUGCCUCCGUUGUUCUCUUAGAAUAGCAAUGGCGCCCACCUGAGAGGUGCCAGAACUGAGUUCCGGGGAGUUCCAGCUGAAAAAAAGCCCUGCUUUUGAUAUGAUCAAAUGCCCUUCUCCUCAGCCUCUGUAUUGGCUCAGUUUGAAGCCCCUGGUACUUAUUUGAAAGCUAUUUGCUGCUUCUCAAAGCAUAUACCAUGCAUAAGAAUGUACACCAAGUGAGUUCAUGAUCUAUGGUAUAUGAAUAUCAGAGAGGAGCAGUUGAGGUUUGGUUCAAUGCAUGUACACACACCUAUUGCUACAGUUUUCUGAACAAUGCCCAGCAGACCAAGGAUAGUCACAAUUUAUUAGCAACAACAGCAGAAGACUCUACCUGGAUAGAUAGAGAUAUUGAGUGGCUUUCCAUUAAUCUCCGAUGAUCCAACAGCAGGAUAGAAGCUGCCUUAUAAGAAGCACUGUUUAGACAAGCCAGUUUUGAGACUUUCCCUUAUUUUGUACUGUGAAGGAAAUGAUGUGACUUGAUCAUAACACUGUAAUUUUGACUACUCCCCCUCAAUAACGCUCUCUAUUUAAUUGUGGCUCCAUACACACACAAAAUGGCAUAUGGAAUGACUACUUUACUCCCAAGGUUGUGUUUGUCAGUUUUAUAUACAUGUAUAGACUACUUUUCUCAAGAAAGGUUUGCUUUUUCCCCCAAUGUGAAAUGAAAACACAGAACCUCGUCUAUGUGAUUUGUCAACAAUGAUCUUUGAAAUUGAUUGAAAUAAUUCUGAAGGACCCAAAGAUGUAAAAUUUGUAAUAAAGAUUUUGUAAAAUGUU